AUGUUAUCUUCUGACGGCAAAUGGAAGCUUGCCCCAAGGCUUCAUUCCGUCAAGUUUGUUUUCGAUGCGCCUAUUCCAGCAGACGCCCCGGCUCCUGACGAGUUCGUCUUCGAUAGCCCAUUUUCCAGUGGCACUCCGGGAAUCCCCAAAAAGUUCACUUUCAAGUCGCCCGGUUCAAUGAACGAUGGUCACAAUGAAGCCAGCGACAUUGACGGUCUUUCCGCAUCCAGCCAACGCAGUGUCACUGAAGUCACCGAGGAUGAGAUUACAAUACACUCGAAUACGCCAUCCCAGAAGGUUACCUGUGAAAAGACACAGAAUCCCAUCGGAUCGUUCAAGAGCCCGGUGCUUCAUGUUCGAGGUCCAUGCUUUGACUUGAGCAACGUGGAAAGACCUAUCGAGUCGGUCGUUUGUGCUGCCUGGGCUCUGGUGCUUUCGUCGCAAAACGCUACGCAAGCCGUUUGUUUUGGACUGAACUCAUCGAUUGCAGAGCACGGUUCCAAGUCGAUCUCAUCUGUGGACAUGAGCGUUGCCACCAAUCAUACCAGCAACAUUGCGGACUUUCUCGAGUAUGUUGAGCAAUCUAUGAACAGAAACUCCGCGGACAGUGGUAAAGGAUUCACCACAAAAUCUCAUCUGAGAACAAAUGUAUACCUUGUAGAGAGCCAGUACAUCGUACCGCCAUUCAAUUCAACGAAGUAUGACUUCGUUCUCGAAUGUCAUAUGAAUGGAACCGAGAUCGCCUUGGCAGCCACUUUCAAUCACGAAGUCGUUUCUAAAACCUCAGUGAGAUUUCUACUGAACGACUUGGAGAAUGUGCUCUGGCAGUUGUCGUCCUCGGUAGGGGAAGUGCAGAAGUUGGAAGACAUCCAGAUACUAGGCCCGGCCAGCCAACGCCACCUCGUUCAGCUUAACCGACCAUUGGAGAGAAGAGAGAACGUAUUUAUCGAUGAUCUCGUGGCCAAUCAAGCCAAACUAGAUCCAUCCGCUGAGGCUAUUUGCGCCUGGGAUGCCGGCCUCUCUUAUGGCCAGCUUCUGCAAUACGCUGAUAGGCUCGGCAACUCCCUGACCAACUUGGGCGUGACGCGUGGAACCUUCGUUCCGAUCAUCUUCGAGAAGUGCGCCUACAGCAUCAUCGCCAUUCUUGGAGUCCUCAGGGCGGGCGGUGCCGUUGUGGCUUUGGACCCCUCACUACCCGCCGCCCGCCUGGAAAUGAUAAUUGAAGACGUCAAAGCUUCAGUGGUGAUCUCUUCAGCGAAAAGCCCAUCUUCUGUGUCGAGGGAUGUUGAUGACGCUCUCUACGUUGUGUUUACUAGCGGAUCGACUGGCAAGCCGAAGGGCGUGGUGGUCACACACGCUGCCUUCGCUUCGAGUGCCAAGGGAUUCUCCAAGGCAAUACAUCUCGAUUCCCCAAGUUCCCGAGUGCUACAAUACUCCUCGUUCUCCUUCGACAUAUCCAUGUUAGAGAUCUUCACUUCUCUCAUGGCUGGGGCCUGUCUCUGCAUUCCUAGCGAGGAACAGCGAAUGAACGAUUUGACGACUUGCAUUUCCAGUAUGAACGUCAACUGGGCUAUGCUGACACCGUCGGUGGCCAGCCUCAUCAGUCCUGGAGGUGUUCCCAGCCUCGACGUUCUCUGCUUAGUUGGCGAAGCACUGCCACAAGCCGUUGCUGAUACUUGGGCUGACCACGUCAAGACCAUCAACGCAUAUGGUCCUGCGGAAUGCUCUGCCCUCACCAUUGUCAGUGAGCCGAGAGUUCGAGGUGUGAAGAGCAUUUCUAUUGGGCGACCCGCGAAUUGCGCUGUCUGGAUUGUGAAUGAGAACGGACAUCUGGCUCCUUUCAAUGCUGUCGGUGAGAUAGUCAUCGAGGGACCUCCCGUUGCACGCGGCUACCUCGGCGAUGAUGUCAAGACCAAGGAAGUCUUUCUCGAUGAUCCUGAAUUCCUCCGAGGAGUUGUUCGACAUCCUGGGCGCUGCUACCGAACAGGCGAUCUUGGCCGUAUGAAUCCUGAUGGGUCAAUCGAUUUUCUCGGUCGGAAGGACUCUCAAGUCAAGAUAAACGGCCAACGCGUUGAGCUCGGAGAGAUCGAGCACCAACUCAAGGAGCUCUUUUGUGGUGCGCAGUCGUCAUUUGCGAUGCCGAAUGCGCCGGCUUGGGACGUUGCCGUUGAGCUGCUUCAACCGAGUGGAACACAAACCACAGUACUAUUAUCAGCAUUCGUUGCUUGCUCGAAAUCAAUGAUCCAGAACCACGAAUCUUCAAGCCUCCUUAUUCAUGAGGCAGAGCCUGCGUGGAUGGAAGUCAAAUCUUUGAGCGCGCAAGCGUUGAUUGAGCUCGCGGAGAGGCUUCCGACAUAUAUGGUGCCCAAAACGGUAGUGCCAUGCCACAAGUUGCCUCUGUCUCCUUCUGGGAAAGUUGAUCGCAAGACACUUCGCAAUUUGGGCAACACCAUGACCCUGCAGCAACUGAUGUGUUCACCGAGUCAGGGCAACCCUCCGACCCCGCGAGUUGCCAUAAUCGAGCCAGACCCUUUGGAAAUCAAUGUGAUUGAAGACGAAGAAGAUUCUUCCGAGGGUCAGAUAACUCUGCUAUCAGAGGACAUUCCCGCAUCUGAGUCUUCGAUGCCCUUGUCGUCAACGUCAGACACAGCGUUGAACCCUGCGGAGGUGGUGCUGCGGAAGGCCUGGGGCAAGGUCUUGAGUCUUCCCGAAGAUUCAAUCACUGCCGAAGACGACUUCUUCAGACUCGGUGGCGACUCAAUCGGUGCCAUAAAAGUUGUUGCAGCGUGCCGUCAGCUUGCAAUUCAAAUCAACGUUGCCAGUAUUUUCAAGAACUCGGUCCUAAGGCAAAUGGCCUUGGUUUGCAAAAGGACUGCGACAGACAAGACCAACGCAGCAUCAAACCAGUACAACCCCUACCAGCUUGUCGAUCAGUUUAACCUAGCUGAGCUGCGCAAAGAAGUCUCCUUUCAGUGCGAGGUUCAGCCUGAUGAUGUUGAAGACAUGUACCCCUGCACUCACAUGCAGGAAGGUUUGAUGGCAGUCAAUCUCACACGACCUGGGAGCUACACGGGCCGUUGGAUUCAUCCUUUGCCCCAAGCCAUCGAUUUGGCACGGUUCAAGAAGUCGUGGGAGGAUAUACAUGCGACUUCACCUAUUCUGCGAACCCGAUUCGCCACCACGGCAUCUGCAGGAUCUCUCCAGGCCAUCAUAAAGGGGCAUGUGCAGUGGCUUACUUCCGACGACCUUGAGAAAUAUUUGGCAAACGACGACGCAAACCCAAUGUUUCCUGGAGAUUCACUCAACCGGUUCGCUCUAGUCACUGAUGUCAACGGCGAUGUCACGUUUGUGUGGACUAUUCAUCACAUGCUUUACGAUGGCUGGUCUCUAGCCAUGCUUUGCAACAGACUGAACGAGACGUAUCACGGUCGAGCGGUCAAGCCGGCCACUGACUAUCGCAAGUUCAUUUCCUACACUCAAAAGCUUGAGUCCAGGCAUAGCUCCGACUACUGGCAAAGGGAACUUAGCGAAUGCCCACAAUCAACCUUCCCCGCCGCCCCAAGGCCAGGUCAUCAGUCGUUCGCUCGCGCCGUCGUAAGAGAUUCUCUGAUUAUUGACGUGGACACAGCCUCCGGCGUGACUAUGUCAACAGUGGUUCGGGCUGCGUGGGCUCUCAUGAUCAGUCACUUCUCCGAGUCGGAUGAUGUCUUGUUCGGAGCAACUGUGUCGGGUCGAAACGCACCGUUGGAAGACAUUGAUAACAUCGAGGGCCCCACGAUUGCGACUGUGCCAGUGAGAGUCUCAAUCAGUAAGAGCUCCACUGUGCUGAAAUUCCUUCGCCAAGUUCAAGACCAAGCCACAGCUAUGAUUCCCUUUGAACAAGCCGGCAUUCAGCAGAUCAAGUCUCUUAACGAGGACACAAAGCGCGGGUGCGGGUUUCAGAACUUGCUCGUUGUUCAAGCUGGCGGUGGGUGGGAUGAGAAUGGCCCCGGACCCCUUGGCAAGCCUAUUUAUCGGGAAGAAUUCACUACAUUUCCGGUUACCUGCGAGGUCUGGCUUCAACCAGGCAAGGUCGAGUUUGCGACUCACGUCGACGAAGAUGCGACCACUCGCGUAUUCGUAGCCGAAGCUAUCGAAACCGUCAAGAUCAUCAUGACUCAGCUGUCCUGGGCGACGUCUUCUACUAAGGCAGACUGCGAGCUCUCGAGACUUGCUUACGAUAUGCUACCGGCAGAAAUUGACGGAAGGACGAGUAGAGAUGACGUUUUGCCGGUGAAGAUUUCUGCCACGAUCAACGACCUUAUCUCAGAGCAAAGCACGGUUCACCCAGGAAAGGAAGCAGUGACAUCGACACUAGACACUCUGUCCUACGAUUCUCUCGAGACAAUGUCCUCUGCGCUUGCUGUACACCUAAAAAGUGUUGGCGUUGCAACUACAGACUUUGUCCCACUCUGCUUCGAGAAGUCCGUCUGGACGGUUGUCGCCAUGCUUGCGGUGAUGAAGGCUGGUGCUGCAUUUGUGCCCCUGGAUCCUGACCAACCGAUAUCACGUCUCAGAGCAAUUACGAGCGAAAUCAAGGCGAAAGUCGCGAUCGUGUCUGCCUUCUACUCUAAAGCCACCGACCUUGGCAUUGCGACUACGGAUCCGCCCGAUUAA